AUGUUCAAUAUUUGCUACUUAAUCCUUCAACUUCAUACUUUUCCAGCAUCAAGUGUCUAUGAGGGGGGAGGGGAAGUGGAAUAAAAUGUGUACUUGUUGCUGGUCAAAAAGCUUCAGGCUCAACUUCAUAUUUGUCUUGCUAUCAGCAGGAAGUUCCCAAUCUAAUUUUGCCCUUUUGGCCUCCCUCGAGUAACGUCAUGCUUCGAGUCACAUACCUUCAUUAGACUGAGUCUGUCUGGGGCUGAUAGCCGUCUGUCGCGCUUCCAAAAAACAAAAUAAGGUGGCUGUCUAUAAAGAGAGAGAGACGAGACAUUGUUUGGAUGAGUAAACCAAAUCUUCUGUCUAUUGUCUGCGUCUUUAAGACACCGGAACACCAGAGGCUGAGAUGGCAACAAGUUUCACUCAAAGAGUCUGUUCCUCAGCACCAUGAACAAGAUGAAGAACUUUAAGAGGCGUUUCUCUCUUUCUGUUCCUCGCACUGAAACCAUCGAGGAGAACGAGUUCACCGAGCAGAUCAACGAGCUCAACAUACGGCACACUCAGGGCCUCACUCAGGACAGACUGGGUCCUACGUCUCAUGAUGCCAGUCCUUCGAGUCCCGAACCAACAACGCCAGGCGCUGAGUCUCCUUCACAUCUCGUCUUUCACAGCAAGGCCCAGCAGAGACGCUUCUCCAUGGAGGACGUCAGUAAGCGCAUGUCUCUGCCGAUGGACAUCCGUCUGCCUCCAGAGUUUCUGAAGAAGCUGCAGCUGGAGAGCGAGAACUCUCCGCUCUGCAAACCUCUGAGCCGCAUGUCCCGACGCGCCUCACUGUCCGACAUAGGCUUCGGGAAACUGGAGACGUACGUGAAGCUCGGCAAACUAGGAGAGGGGACAUAUGCCACAGUGUUCAAAGGGAGAAGCAAACUCACAGAGAACUUGGUGGCGUUGAAGGAGAUUCGGCUGGAGCACGAGGAGGGAGCGCCGUGCACUGCUAUCAGAGAGGUGUCUCUACUGAAGAACCUGAAACAUGCCAACAUCGUCACGCUGCACGACAUCAUCCACACCGAGCGCUGCCUCACGCUGGUCUUUGAGUAUCUGGACAGUGACCUUAAACAGUAUCUGGACAACUGUGGGAAUCUCAUGAGCAUGCAUAACGUCAAGAUCUUCAUGUUCCAGCUGAUGCGUGGUCUGUCCUACUGUCACAAGAGGAAAAUCCUCCACAGAGACCUGAAGCCUCAGAACCUGCUCAUCAACGACAAGGGCGAGCUCAAACUGGCCGACUUCGGUCUGGCGAGGGCACAGUCUGUCCCCACAAAGACUUACUCCAAUGAGGUGGUAACACUUUGGUAUCGCCCCCCCGACGUGUUGCUGGGCUCGACAGAAUACUCAACACCCAUCGACAUGUGGGGCGUGGGCUGCAUCAUGUUUGAGAUGGCAACAGGUCGUCCAAUGUUUCCCGGGGCCACGGUGAAGGAGGAGCUACACUUAAUCUUUAGGCUUGUGGGCACUCCAACUGAAGAGACUUGGCCUGGUAUCAGUAGUAAUGAGGAGUUUAGGUCUUACCUGUUUCCUCAAUACAGACCUCAAGCUCUCAUCAACCAUGUGCCCAGGUUGGACACAGAAGGGAUCGACAUGCUGACUGCUCUGCUGCUGUACGACAACAGGAGCAGAGUCUCUGCUGAAGCCUCUCUACGAUACCCCUACUUCACCAGUCUGGGAAAUAAUAUACAUAAUUUGGCAGACACUGCUUCAGUGUUUUCCCUCAAAGAGCUCCAGCUCCAGAAGGACCCAGGCCACCGCAGCUCAGUGUUUCAGCCUUUAGGUCGAGGAAAGAACCGAAGACAGAGCAUCUUCUAGACGUCACCGAGGAGAUCAGAGACGCUCAAAGGAGAGAAGUCGCCUUUUCCUACGAAAGCACAAAGGCCAUCAAAGCUCAGCUCGUUCACAAGCAUGCUCACCUGUGUGCACACACCUACAUGUACACACAGACUCGUGUGCACUCACUUAUUUCCAGGGAAGUUCACCACGGAGACUCACACAUGGUUUCUGGAAAUACACUUGUGAAAUGACUGAGCAGAGAUACACUCAUACAGAACAUAUUUGCACACAUUUGCACAAUCGACGACACUGAACAUGCUCCCAUUACUUAUUUUCAAACAUGAUAGAUGUAUAAUUAUUCUGCUGACACACAUAUGCAUUAUAGCUCAUGAUUCUGACCAUUAGGCCCCUAAAAUACAAGCUGCUCUGUUGUAGUGUACGCAAACUUGAAUAGUUUCCAUUUAGAGCACACCCAGGGCAUCAGCCAUUUAAGGUAGCUAUAGCACAUCUGGAACCUCUAUACACUUGCAGGUGCAGACAUUAAGGUUGUAGAGGUCCGUUCAGUCAAACAACUUGUUGAAAAAAUGUGCUAAAUGUUUGUCUGACUAAGAUUAAGGCUUGUCUCUAGUCAAAUGUAGCUUAAAGAUUCACCUUCCACUUCUGAACUGCAAAAAAUUAUCUCGCAGCUCGAAAUAUUAAUGCUAAGAUCAUAAAUUCCCCAAAUGCACCUCUUACAAACCUCCAAACACUAUGACCAGAAACCAACGAGAGGGUUUCUAUAGCGACUAAAUAGCCUGCUAACAGGAACUAGCUAAAUAACGAGUAAAGACUUUGAACAUUUAAAUAAUUUAUGUAUUUGUUAGCUAUAGAUAAGCUAACAAGCUAAUUGAGCAGCCAAAAGCUAUCAUGAGGUUGCUAGCAUCUAACAUUUCACAAAGGGUCAACUAAAUACAGUAGCUAACACAUAAAAUAUAGAUUUCAUCAUUGUGUUUCUGACUUAAAAGUAGAGAAAACAUAUUUAAUCUAAAAAUAACCGCUUAUUAAAAGCCCAAAGUGCCCUCAGGUUGCUGAAAUACCCAAAAUGCUAACAGUGGCUAAGGCCUUUCGUGCUAAUGGGAACUUGUUAAAUUACAAGACAAGAGUUUGAACAAUUAAACAAUGUAUGUAUGCGUGAGCUAUACAUAAUCUUAUAGGCUAAUUAAGCAAUGGUUAAAUCGGUCAAAUUAACAAAGUACGCUAGCUAAAACAUGAUAUAUGGCGCUAAUAAUAGUUAGCUACCGGGAGAAGCAAGCUAGCUAAGAAGCUGCGAUGAUUUAAACAACUUAAACGAUUUAUGUGUUAUUAAAUGGUUGGACACCUGUCAGAAGAGUCCCAAAUAUGGCAGCUAUGGAUGUGAGUCUUGAAGUGGUACAUUCCCAAGCAGUCAGAACACUGAAGUAGUAGCAACACACUGUUCAUUUAAAGUAAUUGUACUCAUGUGAAACAAACAUUGAACCAGCCAAAAGAUUCUCCAUCACGUAACAAAACUCCAAUGUAAAAUGGAUUAAUGUCGACAGAUUUGUUUCAGUACAUCCAGUGUUAAGAGCUGACUUACACUCCAGUUUUUGAAGUUGCCUUAGUAAAAUGUGCAUGAUAUUUCAGCUUGUGAAGAAUCCUUUCUUUUAAUCUAGUGUAGCCAAUGUGUUAGGCAAAUUUUGCUUUGUUGUGUGUGUGAACAACGCACCAUGAGUGUGUGUAUUUCUUAGUCUCCUAUUUGCACAAACCAGAAGUGUCCUCUGAAGCUUACUCCUUUCCUAUGUGUCCUCCUAUUCAUGGUUCCUAAAUAUGACCACAUAUUGUACCGACGUCCUUAAGCUCUGAUAUUCUUACCUACAAAUACUGUCUGGUAGCAAAUAGCUCUUAGUAGGACUCACCACUAUCCCUUAUUUUUUGCACAGCAAUUGCCAGGGAGCAGCGUUUAAAUAUAGAACAUAUGGUGUGACUAAGAAAAACUAGAGAAUAUGCUGAAGUGAAACCAUCAAAUCUUCCUUAUAUAAUGUUCUUUACAUGUGACUUAGCCCAGGGGUUAUGCAUACAGGAGGGAUCUGUGGACACAAAUGAAUAAGGGUUUGCGGCUAAACUGCCCUCUCCUUAAUCUGCCCUCUCCAUCUGCUGCAGGUCGAAGAAAAUUCCCCGUCAUACAAGUCAUAUGAAAUCCAGAAGUAGACAUUAAGCCUUUCAUCUGAAGGCUCACUCAGUUCUGAUUGACAUGCGGGUAUUCAGGCCGAGGUAUGGUUAAAACGAAAUAGGUCUGUUGUCUAAUCACCUCUGAAGGCAACAGCUAUCAUCUAUGUUCCUUAAAUGAAUAUCCGCAGCAAUUUAAUCAUCUCUAGAUCAAAUGAUCAAAUCACCCUCCUACGGCUUAAGGCUUACUGAUGUUAUACUCUUUCCAACCUACGCCCUAAAGACAGUUGUCCUAUUUUCUUUAGAGAUUGCUGUGUCCGUAUUAGCUGAACAGAUUUCUAACCAUAUCCAUUUCCCUCAUUAAUUGGCAAUUUGAACCGUGAAGAUAGCCCUCAAUUGCCAAAAUGUGAUUUUAUAUCAAGAACAUAACUGGGACACGUAAUAACCGUUCUAAUUGGGUUAACAAAGUACAGUCUUUCCUCUUGAAAGCUUGGGAGAAGUUCAAAUUGUGUCUAUUCGUGCUGUAUGGGACAUACAUGCUUCUCACGUUUUAUCUUUAGAGACUUUUACAGAAAUUGUUGAAUGCUGCAUUUUAAGUCCCAAUGUUAAAAAGGUAAAGAUCAUCCAAUAAGGACUUUGUUUGAGGUAGUCCAUACAGUACAUGUAAUGCCCCAUUGUCCAUACAUACUGUAGAACUGACGACUCUCACAUGACUAUUCUUGCAGACUGGGCUCUGGUUUCAGACAGAGGGUGAAAAGAGGUGCUGCAGCACAGGCAAUAUGAGAAAAAUAAAGAGCUUUUUGAACAUUAAAGCCACAAUAGAGACACAA